UCUGAGGAACAGAGGAUCUGGGAUGGCGACCAAGCGGCUGGCGCGGUACGCUAGGGGUUUCACCCCGGAGGGUAGGCGGGAAGGCGUCCUGUCUGGCCCUGAAAAGGCCGGCCUCGGGCCCCACGCCACUAUCCUCGCUAGGCUGGAGGAGACCAAGGACCCGGGUUCUUGGGCAGCGUGCCGUUUCGGGUCUGGGAAGCCCCUGGAAGCUGACUGCUGUGCAGAUUGUUCGCGGGCAGAUGCCACUGCACCCAUUGCGUCCGAGAGACUUGCCUAGCCCAGUUUUAUUUUAAGAAUUACAGCGGACUCUGGAUUUUUGGACACGCUAAUAGGCGGCUUGGAUUAAUUAGGAGAAAGUCAGUUGCCCCAGCAAGUGGGAAUCCAGGAAGAAGCAGAUUCAGUGUAUGACUACUUAAUUGUCAUUGAUUUUGAGUCCACCUGCUGGAAAGAUGGGAAACACCACAGGAGUCCUGAAAUAAUUGAAUUUCCAGCAGUUUUGUUGAGUACAGCAACUGGAGAGAUUGAAUCUGAGUUCCAUGCUUAUGUUCAGCCUCAGGAGCAUCCAAUUCUUUCUGAAUUUUGCACAGAACUGACAGGGAUAAAGCAGGUGCAAGUUGAUGAAGGCGUACCUCUGAAGAUUUGCUUAUCUCAGUUCUGUAAAUGGAUUCAUAAGAUACAGCAGCAGAAGAAAAUGACUUUUGCUCCUGGGGACUCGGAGCCUUCUCCUUCUGAAGUAAAACUGUGUGCUUUUGUUACCUGGUCAGACUGGGACUUGGGGGUUUGCCUAGAGUAUGAGUGUAGAAGAAAGCAGCUGCUAAAACCCAGGUUCCUGAAUUCUUGGAUUGAUCUCAGAGCAACUUAUAAGCUUUUUUAUAAGCGAAAACCCAAAGGACUAAAUGGUGCGCUGCAGGAAGUGGGAAUCGAAUUUUCAGGACGAGAACAUUCUGGCUUAGAUGAUUCUCGGAACACUGCUCUUCUUGCUUGGAAAAUGAUCAGGGAUGGUUGCCUGAUGAAAAUUACCAGGUCCUUGAACAAGGUUCUCACUAAGAGGAAUCCCAAGAUUUUCAUCAGAAAUUUGGGAACAGAUCAAGCUGAAGAAGCAUCUGCCUGCAACACUAGCAUUCAGGGUCCCAGUGUACAUCAAAAGGAGCCCAGAAGUACAGUAAAUACCCAGGAAAAUGCUCAAAUGAAUUUAGUUUGUGGGAAUUCCUCUUUAAAGGACCAAUUACAGCUAAAGACCAAAGCAGAUCUUCACAAUAUCAAAUGUGGCUUGACGCCUUUCACUUCUAAGCCCUCGACCUCUGUGGCACAACUGUGUUCUCCCACCUUGAAUCCACCUCUCUUUAUGCAGAAGCAAAGAAGUGAACAGUUUGCACUGAGUGACACUUCAAGGUCCUCGGCACUUAACUCCAGCUUGGUACUUGUGUCCACGACCGUUCCAUCUGUUACUGUUGUUUCUGAUGGAGAAGUGGGUUGUACUGUUGACUAUUUACCUAUGUUGACUGAGUGGGAAGAUGUAGUUUUACUGCCAGCAUCUCAGGCUGAACAAGAUCAAGACUGUGUGCCUCCUGUUAGUGGCACAGAUGUAGAGACUUCAUUUAAUUCUGGAGAGAGAUCGAUAGUUUUAGGAGAACCGGAAACCCUUAGUUAUGAAAACUUUGACGAUCUCAAGGAAACUUCUCAAAACUUUGAGACAUCUAAGUCUAUUGUGUAUAAGAGUCCUCACAGUACAGUCUAUAAUGUAAAAGGAACCAAACAUCCAGGUUCAGAUGCUUCUACUUUUAAAUUACCUGAAUGCAAACCAUUUACCAUCAGCAGUCUUAAUGCCAAUGCAUCGCAUCCUUCAGUUUUGAGGAAGCAACCUCUUCUUUUAGGCAGUACUAAAAGGAAUUUAUCUAGUCCCCCAGCUUUCCCACGAGCGAAAAAGCAGACCUUCACUAUUCAUGAUGAAAAGUCUGCAUCAUCUAUGUGCUCCCCAGGAACUUCUUCCCGGAAAGUUCUUUCCUCUGUAUUGACAUCCACAGUUAACCUACAGCAGCCUUGGGAGAGUGGGAAGAUGACGCCUCCCUUAUGCAAGUGUGGCAGAAGGUCUAAGCGGCUUGUUGUUUCCAAUAAUGGGCCAAACCAUGGGAAAGCCUUCUACUGUUGCCCUGUUGGGAAGUUCCAAGAAGACAGAAAAUGCUGCAGUUAUUUUAAAUGGGAACAAACACUUCAAAAGGAAAGAGCCAAUAGCAAAGCUCUAUCUCAUUCCUCAGGACCCACCUUCAGCUCUCCAGAAACAACCCACAUUCAUGAUAGAAAUUUAAGUUUUCCUAUUAAAAAUUCUUUACGACUCAGACCUUCAAUGAGAAAUUGAUAAAUUCUCUUCUAAAUUGUCUUUUACUUCAGUAUAAGUUUUAUGUGACUUUUAUACCGGAAAAUAAAAGUAUCAGGGUCAAGUUUCAAGGCCUCAGCAUACCUGCAACCACAGCUACACUGGAGUAGUUCACACAGAGGGGAAGUAAUUUGCAUGACUUUUACUCUUGCCAAGUAGUUGUCUAACAACUGUCCCUUGUCUGUUCCUGUAGGAAUCUUCAUUCCCUAAAUUCCCUAACGUGUGUUUGGAUAAUGUCACAGAACUAUUUUUCAUAUAUUAGCGUUUGCUGAAUUUAUCAAACUAUCAUGAGCCACAAGAAAAAAAUAGUUUUAUAAACCAUAUUUAUUUACUAAGUAGCCAUAACACAUGACAGCUUUCUUUUAUAGACCUUGAAGCAAAUUUCAAACUAUUUUUAAAUUACUUGAGUGAAAAUAUGAUUAAUAAAAUUCUUAUUCAACUUUUAAGUAAAUAUUCUAAGAAUUAUGACAAUUUUUUAAAAACAAGUUAGUUUUUUAAAGAGCUUUAAUAUUUGUUUCGAUUUGUAUAUUAACACAUUAGAAUUAUUUGGGGUAGAAAACCAGUGGGGUAGAAAUUUGAUUUAGAAACUGUCCCUAAGUUAAAAUAUCUCAGCACCUGAAGACCUUUGCUUAUGCAGCCAAAUUGCAGAAACAUUGAGGUGAACACAGAAGGAUUCUUUGACUAUUUGAUUUCAGAAUUCAGCCUCUGAUGUCAUUACCAAAAAGUACUUUAAAUUCAAUUUAGAAGCAAUUUGCCCAUAUAACCUGUGGUUCCUGCAGACUGUAGACACCGAGGUUGUUUAUAGAUAUCUGAAUAAUUAAUGGAUGAGUUUAAAUAGUUUUCCAUUCUUUUUUCCUCAGUUCAUUUCUUUUGACCUUCCCACUGACAGUCUUUGGCAGUUCUUCAAUGAAUUCUACCUGUUGGCAGUAAGGGGAGGGAGGAAGUUAGUCCCGCACAGCUCUGCUUUGACGGUGAGGUGAAAGGAUGGUGGGAGUUUUCUUUACAUUCAGUAUUAUGAGCUAAUUGACUAAAGUUUGUUAGGGGCUUCAGUUUAACCUCAAAUUUUUUUACUGUCUAUUAUCAUUAGUUCUGUUGGGAACCUUUCGUUUAGCAUGUUUAAGGGGAGAGGUCAUUUAAAAAGGAAAAAAUAGCCAAACCUUUUCCAAAGCACUGAAUAGUGCAGUUGAAACAAGGAUGCCCACCUUCCUGGGGUAUUUGUAAGGUGCUGUAGUCUUUUUCACGUGUUCCUGAAUCUCCUUUUUCAGUUGUUCUUGAUCAUGUGACUUGUAAUCAGGAUUCAGAACAAUAAAAGCCUUUACUACCUAAAGUAAAUGUGGAAAACA